AUGGUGUCUACAGAAUGCUCCAAGCUCAGCUCCGUUGCUGCGCUCCACGCCAAGAUGCUGUCGCGCCGCAUCGUACGGGCAGUGCCCGGAAACCUCACUCGAACGGCUGUUCGAAUGCCCACCAUCCAGCGCCGAACCUUCCUCCCCGAGUCGAUCAAUGGCCAGGCCGUUAUCGAACAGAAGUACCCCGGCCCUAUUUCGCUGCCAGCCUCCGAGGAUCCGGACAUGAACGGUGGCUUUGUCAACCCUCCCCCGAUCAAGCGUCAGUUCCGCGACCCGCACGCCGACUGGUGGGACAAGCAGGAGAGGAGGAACUAUGGCGAGCCCAUUCACGAGGACUACGACAUCCACGGCAUGUUCACGCCGCACGAGUACACCUGGGUCACGCCGGGCAAAGGAGCCGUGCAGUUUGGGGCAUUUGUUGCUGUCUUUCUUGCCGUCCUGGCAGGCCUCAAGCUCACGUACCCCGAUGUGCAGUCAUACCCCCGCGAAUUUGAGGGUGGACUCGAGCGCGAGCUAGGAGGGCCUGGCGCCACAAGAGCGAGAGCACCAGGCGAUGCGAGCCCGUACUAG